AACAAAAAAUUGUACGUAAUAAUUCUCACAAAAAUAAAGAGAAUUGAAAUAAUAUCUAUCAAUAAUCAAUAUUCACCACCACCCACUUUGUGUUGUGCAAUUAUUAUUUUUUCCUUCAUUUGGUUUUUUUGUUGCACUUUUUUUCAAGAAGCUGAUUUGAAAUUUUGAUAGAGAAAACUUGAAAGCUGAAAAUGACAAUUGAAACUGAGAAGAAGAAAACAAGGAAGAACAAGGAAGUUGUUGAUGAGAAUGUGCCUUUGUUACCUAAGUCUCAAGAAAGCGAUACCGAGUUACAUGAAUUUAAUGGAGCUUCAUUUUCUGGAGCUGUUUUCAAUUUAUCGACAACAGUUAUCGGUGCUGGGAUCAUGGGCUUGCCUGCUUGUGUGAAGAAGUUGGGCAUGGUGCCUGGUCUUAUUGCUAUAGUCCUAACAGCAUUUUUGACAGAGAAGUCAGUUGAAUUCAUGCUCAGGUUUUCAAGGGCAGGGAAUCUUUCUUCAUAUGGAAGUCUUAUGGGGGAUGCCUUUGGGAGAUAUGGAAAAGCAGUUUUAGAGAUAUGUGUUGUUAUCAAUAACGUUGGUGUUCUUAUUGUCUACAUGAUUAUCAUUGGUGAUGUGGUUUCUGGAACAACUUCAAGUGGAAUUCACCAUUCUGGUAUCCUCGAAGGAUGGUUUGGAGUCCAUUGGUGGACUGGGCGUACAUUUGUUCUUACCUUUACAACACUUGCUGUGUUUGCACCUCUGGUCAGCUUUAAGCAAAUUGAUUCUUUGAGAUUCACAUCUGCAUUAUCAGUUGGAUUAGCAGUUGUUUUCCUUAUCAUUGCCGUAGGGAUCUCAAUUAUCAAGAUUAUUAGUGGAGGCAUUGGGAUGCCAAGACUCUUCCCGGUCAUUACUGAUGCAGCUUCAGUUUUUGACCUAUUCACCGUAGUUCCUGUGUUGGUGACCGCUUACAUCUGUCACUACAAUGUUCACAACAUAGAUAAUGAACUGGAGGACUCCUCAUGGAUGCAUGGCGUUGUGCGUGCUUCCCUUACUCUAUGCUCUUCAGUUUACUUACUGACAAGCUUCUUUGGGUUCCUUCUAUUUGGUGACGAUACUCUUCCUGACGUUCUUGCCAAUUUUGAUACUAAUCUCGGAAUUCCUUUUGGUUCUGCGCUCAAUGAUGCUGUUCGUUUUAGCUAUGCUGCGCAUCUCGUACUUGUAUUUCCUGUAGUUUUCUAUGCAUUGAGGGUCAACAUAGAUGGUCUGAUAUUUACCUCAUCAAGAAGGCCUUUGGUUGUUGAUAACUUACGAUUUGCAUCAAUUACUAUUGCGCUUGUCGGCAUUAUCUUCAUGGGAGCAAACUUCAUCCCUAGCAUUUGGGAUCUUUUCCAGUUCACUGGAGCAACUGCUGCUGUUUGUUUAGGAUUCAUAUUUCCAGCUGCAAUCACUCUGAAGGAUCGACACAACAUAGCAACCAAAACGGACAAGAUUUUGUCCGUCUUUAUGAUUGUUCUGGCAGUCUUGUCAAAUGCUGUGGCUAUAUACAGUGAUGCUUAUGCUUUGAUCAACAAGAACAAACAUAAUGUGAAUGAUUUCUUGAUUAGAUAGCUCACAGUACAGGUAUUUCCAUGCAUUCAGAUGAAAGGAUCAUAAUUUGCUAUGGUUAUAUCAAAUUAGUUUUUUCAAUAGGGUCUGGUGGGUCGAUUAUUCUAUAAACAAAGCUACCAUGCGUACAAAUAUUCUUCAAAAGUGUGUGAAGGCCUGCAAUUUGUUCAACCUUGUUUGUAUUACAAUAGUGUUAUUUGAACACAACUGUCAACAUGUCUGGAAAAGAGAAAAAAUAAACAAAAAACACAAACCAUAUGUUUAUAGGGUGUUUGACAACAUAUUUGUUGUCAAAAUAUCAUUUAUGUUGUAAUUUUCGGGGAUCUGUUGAAUGUACCUCUUUUUCCCUGGCUUCAUCUCUUUGAUAAAUGUAAGAGAUGCAUUUGUUGACACUUUGUAUGCAUUAUCAAUGGCUAAGGGACAGAAGGGACAUCCUGUUGCUUAUGAAAGAAUGGUUAAGUUCAAGAAUUUUUGGGCAAGACAAACAGAAAUUUAAUCAUGGAUUUGAAAAUGUGUGGCUUGUUAGUAGUGUGUUUUUCUAAAUUUUCCUAGAAAUUGAACAUUUGGUGCAAUUCAUAGUAUUGCAUAAUUCUUAUGUAAUUAAAUAUUUGUCAGGUUAAGUGUUCCAUUGAAUAUAUUAGCAACUUGCAUAUCUAUUCAGAUAAAUUAUUUCACUGAACACGUGUAACCGUUGUUUUGACGUGCUAUAUUAGUCGACAACGCUCUUGAGAUUGGUCAAA